AUGGCCAACAAAGCAGCUCCUCUCAAGAAGGACCAGCAACCGGUAGAGGAAGAAGAUGUUAAUGUUCCAAAGUCCAUGAUCAUUAGAGUUGGAAGCUCUUUUCACAACCCUUCGCUGCAACAAUUGAGUUUGGAUUUAAGAGUAUUGAUGCAACCUCAUACUGCAAUUAAUCUGAGAGAAAGAAGAAAGAACUGUUUAAAGGAUUACGUUGUCAUGUGUGGACCAUUGGGUGUGACUCAGCUUAUGACUCUGUCUCAAAACGAAAAGACCGCAAACUGUCAUUUACGUCUUGCAAGUAUGUCUAAAGGUCCUACCACUACUUACAGAAUCAAAGAAUACAGUCUAGUGAAGGACAUUGUGAAAACCUUGAAGCAUCCAAAAAUGGUGGGAAAGAGUUCCACCAUUUUUCAAAGACCUCCAUUAUUGGUGAUGAAUGGAUUUGCCAAUCCUAAGGUCGCUGAACCUCAUGAAAAGGUGAUGAUAACCCAAUUCCAGAACAUGUUCCCACCAAUCAUGCCAGAAAAGAUAAACGUCGACAGUAUUCGUCGAGUUUUGAUGAUUAACAAGGACAAGGAAACAGGGGAGAUUAAUCUUCGUCACUAUGCCAUUGAUACCAAGGUAGUCGAUGUAAAUAAGAAUCUGAAAAAAAUACUGAAUGCUAAAAUCAAGAAGAACAAGAAAAUGCCAAAUCUUGGAAAUAUCAAAGAUAUUAGUGAAAUUUUAGAAGAUAGUCAUCAUCUGGGUUACACCAGCGAGUCAGAGGUUGAAGAUGAAGAGUCUUUGGUGCAGGUUGACGAGACUGAAUCACUGACUAAGGCCAAAGUUAUUAAGAACGAGGGAGGUGCCAACAAUAUUAGAAAGAAGGCCAUCAAAUUAGUUGAGCUUGGACCUCGUUUGAGAAUGGAACUAGUGAAAAUCGAAGCUGGGGUCUGUGACGGAGAAGUGUUGUACCAUAGAUAUGUUAAAAAAUCUGACUCCGAAAUUAUACAGCAGAAGAAGAGGCUGUCUCAGAAGGAAAGUGAGAAGGCGAAGCGUAGAAAGAUCCAAAAGGAGAAUGUGGACAAGAAACUGGCCAAGAAGCAAGAGAGAAGAAAAAGACAGAAGGAAAAGUAUGAAGCCAAUGGUUCGGCUGUGCCUGAGAAUGAUAAUAGUGCCGACGAGAGUGACGAGGAAGUUGAUCUUCGCCCUGAAGACUAUGAAAAUGACAGUGAUCUUUACAGUGAAUAG